AUGAAAUUCUUCGAGAACCUCUAUACCUACGAUUAUUCCUUUCCCGCCGUUUCUCUUGCUUACUUUCUCCGCUACCCAAACCCGUACUCCAAGCAUGUCCUGACGACCGAUGUUAUUGAUCGAUAUGUUGACCCGAAGACCCAUCGACUCCAUACCACGCGAAUUCAUUUGAAGAAAUCGAAAGUGCCCUCUGGGAUCCUGAAGCUUCUCCCAAAGGGCAUUGGCGGUUCCGACAGUUCCGGACAAAGCUACAUCCUAGAGACGACCAUCGUCGAUGCCAAAGAAGGCUGGAUGGAGUCCGAAUCACGCAACAUGGAGUGGACUGGGAUUCUCAGCGUUGUGGAAAAGCAAGUUUAUCGACGCCAGCAACCAGAUGGGCCCCCAGAGAAGCUGGAAGGCCUGUCUCUCGACAAUCGGCGAUGUGAGCAAACCACCGUGAACACGACUGUUACGUUCCGCUCCCGCUUUGGACAGGGGAAGCUCCUCGGUCGCAGGAAAACAGAGGCUGCCUCGGAUAAUAACGGAGAUUACGAAGAGGAAGCUCCCAAGCGGGGAUUUUUCACCUCGCUGUCCACUGCAGGAAUUCAACGGACCAUAGAACUGAUUGGACUCAAUCGGACUCGCGACGCCAUCGUUAAGAGCAAGCAAGGAAUGAAUGUUGUUCUGGAGCGUCUACGCAGCGGCGGUAUAGUCGGCGUGCUUGAAGGCAUGCACCAGGACCGCGAGUCUGUGGUUCUGGGUGGUGAAGGCCCCUGGAAGCGUGUCUGGCUUCGAGGCCACUCUAAUAACGACGACUGA